GGAAGAGGACAGGAUGAGCCGACACCGCUUCAUCCAUCCUCCUCCUCUCUCACAUUGACAUUGUUCUGCCGCUCAGACAGACAAAGACAGAGACAGGCAGACAGACAGACAGGUCAUCAGAGCUUCAGACAGACAGAGUGACAGGUGUCAGCUCGUCUCUUUGUGUGCACACGCAGCCUCAUGGAUCCAGCUGCUGUGACAAGAGACAAAGACGGAGGACAAACACACGGACACGCGAACACGUUAUGAGCGGGAGCACGCGCCGCCGGACCGGAGGACAUGAGCUUAGGUAGCGCUGUGCUGAGGCAGCCUGAGAUUGGUGGUCACCAUGGCGCCCAGGCCGUCGUCAGGGGAGUUAUGGGGGCUUCAUUUGAUGCCUCCUCGGAUCUUGGUGGACUGCUGUCUCCCCAAUGGGAUGAUGGUGAGUUUGGAAUGCCUCAGAGAAACUCCCCUCAUCAGCAUCAAGCAGCAGCUCUUCAUGGAAGCCAGGAAGUACCCGCUCUACCACCUGCUGCAGGAGGAGUCAUCCUACAUUUUUGUUGGAGUGACCCAGGAAGCCGAGAGGGAAGAAUUUUAUGAUGAGACACGGCGUCUGUGCGAUCUGCGACUGUUUCACCCAAUCCUGAAGGUCAUUGAGCCAGUGGGAAACCGUGAGGAGAAGAUAUUAAACAGAGAGAUUGGCUUCGCUAUCGGGAUGCCAGUCUUUGAAUUUGAGAUGUUGAAGGACCCGGAGGUCCAGGACUUCCGCCGCUCCAUACUGAGUGUAUGCAGAGAGGCUGUGGAAGAGAGGGAGGGAGGUGGGGCCCACAGCCAGGCACUCUACGUUUACCCCCCCAACGUUGAGUCCAGUCCACAUUUGCCACAGCACAUAUAUAGCAAACUAGACAAAGGUCGACUUAUUGUAACAAUUUGGGUGAUUGUGUCUCCAUCUAACUCCAAGCAGAAGUACACUUUGAAGGUGAGCCAUGACACUUUACCUGAGCAGCUGAUUGCUGAGUCUAUCAGAAAGAAGAGCCGAUCGAUGCACCUGUCUCCUCAGCAACUCCGUCUCUGUGUGCAGGAGUACCAGGGCCAGUACAUCCUCAAGGUAUGUGGCUGUGAUGAGUACCUGCUGGAGAAGUUUCCCCUCAGUCAGUAUAAGUACAUCCGCUCAUGUAUCAUCGUAGGACGUCUUCCUCACCUGAUGCUUGUGUCCAAAGACAGUCUCUACUCUCAGCUUCCGGCCUCCAGCUUCGCCCCGCCUUCUUACAGUCGGAGGACGCCUCAACCAUCUCCCUGUCUAGGUGGAGGUGACGGUUCUCCUCCUCGCUCCUUGUGGGCCUUUAACACUCUGUUGAGGGUUCGGCUGCUCUGUGCCACCUACGUCAACGUCAACAUCCGGGACAUUGAUAAGAUCUAUGUGAGGACAGGUAUCUAUCAUGGAGGAGAGCCACUGUGUGACAAUGUCAACACACAGAGAGUCCCCUGCUCCAACCCCAGGUGGAAUGAGUGGCUAACCUACGACAUCUACCUGGCAGAUAUCCCUCGCUCAGCUAGACUUUGUCUGUCGAUCUGCUCUGUAAAGGGAAGGAAAGGAGCCAAGGAGGAGCACUGUCCCCUAGCUUGGGGGAACGUCAACUUGUUUGACUACAAAGACAUCCUGGUUUCUGGUAAGGUAGCAUUGAGUCUCUGGCCAGUCCCCCACGGCCUCGAAGACUUGCUGAACCCCAUUGGAGUAGCUGGUUCAAAUCCUAACAAGGAGACUCCCUGUGUGGAGCUGGAGUUCUCCUGGUUUAACCAGAUGGUUGUGUUUCCUGAUGAGCAGCAGAUUGAAGAACACGCCAACUGGACCAUCAGCAGAGAGCUAGGCUACAACUACUGCCAUGGACUGACCAGUCGUCUGGCCUGUGACAACAGUGUUUCAGCAGCUGAUUCAGAGCAGCUUUGCUCCCUUUGCUCUAAAGAUCCUCUGUAUGAGCUCUCAGAGCAGGAGAAGGACUUCCUCUGGAGACACAGACAUUACUGUAUAAACAUGCCAGAGUCUCUUCCUAAGCUGCUUCUUUCAGUCAAAUGGAACUCCAGAGACGAGGUAUCACAGAUGUACUGUUUGUUGAAGGAGUGGCCUCUGAUGGAACCAGAGUUGGCUCUGGAGCUCCUGGACUGUAAUUUUCCUGAUCCGAUGGUCAGAGAGUUUGCUCUGCGCUGCUUGGUGCAGGGCCUGACAGAUGACAAGCUGUCCCAGUACCUGCUGCAACUCGUACAGGUUUUAAAGUAUGAGAUGUACCUGGACAAUCCUCUGGCUCGAUUCCUCAUUAAGAAAGCACUGACCAACCAGAGGAUAGGACACUUCUUCUUUUGGCACCUGAAGUCAGAGAUGCACAAUAACACUAUUUCCAGGCGAUUUGGUUUGCUGCUGGAAGCUUUCUGCAGAGCCUGUGGCAUGUACCUGAAACACCUGAACAGACAGGUGGAAGCCAUGGAUAAACUGGUGAACCUGACAGACACUCUGAAGCAGGAGAAGAAGGAUGAGACCCAGAAAACUCAGAUGAAGUUCCUGGUUGAACACAUGUCCCGUCCAGACUAUAUGGAUUCUCUUCAGGGAUUUGUGUCUCCUCUGAACCCAGUUCACCAGCUGGGAAAUCUCAGGCUGGAGGAGUGUAGGAUCAUGUCUUCGGCGAAGCGACCCCUGUGGUUGAACUGGGAAAACCCCGACAUCAUGUCAGAGCUGCUUUUCCCCAACAAUGAGAUAAUCUUCAAAAAUGGAGACGACCUGCGUCAGGAUAUGCUGACGCUGCAGAUCAUUCGGAUCAUGGAGAACAUCUGGCAAAAUCAGGGACUGGACCUGCGCAUGCUGCCGUACGGCUGCCUCUCCAUCGGUGACUGUGUGGGACUGAUCGAGGUGGUGAAAAACAGCUUCACCAUCAUGCAAAUUCAAUGCAAAGGAGGCCUGAAGGGGGCGCUGCAGUUCAACUCCAACACGCUGCACCACUGGAUCAAAGACAAGAACCGCGGAGAGGCGUACGACCGGGCAAUUGACCUGUUCACCAGGUCUUGUGCCGGUUACUGUGUUGCGACAUUCAUUUUGGGAAUUGGAGACCGACACAACUCCAACAUCAUGGUGAAAGAGAACGGACAGCUGUUCCACAUUGACUUUGGCCACUUCCUGGACCACAAGAAGAAGAAGUUUGGUUACAAGAGAGAGCGGGUUCCCUUCGUCCUGACUCAGGACUUCCUGAUUGUCAUCAGUAAAGGAGUUCAGGAAUCCACCAAGACCAAAGAGUUUGAGAGGUUCCAGGAGAUGUGCUACAAGGCUUACCUGGCCAUCCGACAGCACGCCAGCCUUUUUAUCAACCUCUUCUCCCUUUUGCUGGGCUGUGGCAUGCCUGAACUGCAGAGUUUUGAUGACAUUGCCUACCUCAGGAAGACCCUGGCUCUCGAAAAGAGCCAGCAGGAGGCGCUGGAGUACUUCACCAAACAGAUGAACGACGCUCACCAUGGAGGCUGGAGCACCAAGAUGGACUGGAUCUUCCACACCAUCAGACACAUGCCCAACGAGCACUGACACACAACUACACAACA